AACCGCAGUGAUUUCAAAUUGAAUUGUUGAGGCAAACAAAAACAAAGGCAAGUUUGAUGGGUGAACAUAUCGAUAAAGUUGCGAUAACCUUGCUCCAGCCUCACUCGGAGGCUGAGAAAUUGAUUCUGGAACACUUCUGGAAUUCUUCUGGAAAUUGUGAUUCAAGAUUGGGCCGACUUUGAUACGGAUCGUCACGGUUAAUUUCAUCAGAGGGGUAAGGCUCAUUGCGUUUCGCAAUAUCGAAGCCCGGGAGGGAGCAUUGGCCAGUUAAUUGUGAACGGAGCGGGUAGAUCUAAGCUGGGGAAAGGAGAAGAAGAUCGAUAGGAGGAGACACAACGAGACAAUAACGAUCUACCAAAGACCCACGAGACGAAUUGAUUUUUUGAGGGAGGAAGUCAACGGAGCAAUAUAAAGUCGAAGGUUUGAAUUGAGGAUCUAAGCAAUAUGAUAUUUUAAUUACAAGAACGAUUACUCUACUUUGUUUACUCGAAACAUCGGAGGCUCGAAAGACAAGCAGAAGCAAACAUUGUCGAAUAGACGGAACGAAACGAUUCAAAAACGAUAUCAAUAUUUACCUGCCUAGUACAAUCUACCUACCUAUUGCCCGUCUACUCCCCGUUGAUUUAAGAGACUCAAGGGAGGACUCGGGGAGGCCUUUUGUUGCCUUUUGUUGCCUUUAACUUUUAGCCUUCAGGCCGUGAUUUCUGUGAGAGGGACUCGAGACAAAGUGCGGCUCCGGAUUGGUACAACGUAUCGAAGGUCGAUUAACUAUAGCUUGGGUGAGAAAAUAGAAGAGAGCCAGGCGCACUGGAUGGAGAAUAUUGAGAGGAAGGACGGGGAUGAGGAGGUACCGGCUGGGGGGAGGAAAGGAUUUGUGCCGUUAGUUACGGUGGUAGAUUUUCACCAUGCGAGGUAUGUGUUUCGGGGUUGCUUGAGAGGGAUGGGGGGGAAUAAGAAUGAUAGUUUUGAAGUGGAAGUGAGGGAUACUGGCUGACAUAAGUUUUUAUUAGAGGACCGGAAGUCGAAUAUUGGUUUGGGGCAGAGGAAGGAACUGAUCCUGCAGUGGAGAAUGAAUGGCCUUUAUUGCCGUUCAUGGCUUUGAGUGAUGGAGCGCACGCGUAAGUUGCUAUUUUUGGAUUUUGCACAUUCGAGAAAGAAGAUCUGAGGCUGACGAGGAAUUAUAAUGGCAGAUCAACAGAAGACUUCUCAUAUUUCACACUCCUACGGCCUACGCGAGAAAACCUACCUCCCACAUCUUUAUUCGGUAUCUCCUGCACACAACAAAUGGAUGCUUCAAUACUGCGCAACCGUCCCGCGGAUGUAACUCGAUCGACAGUACAAAAGGCUGUAGUUGUGAUAGCCGAUUCGCCCCAAUUCUUUGGGAUGUUGAGAGAAAGAUUGGGAGUUGUUACGAAAGCUUGGUUUGCACAACGAGAAUUUACAGAUACAGAGAUAUUGAGGAGGUUUCAAGAGAGUCUUGCGGAGGAGAAAAGUAGAGGGGAAUUGGGAGAUAGGGAGGAGUAUUUAGGAAUGAGUUUGAGGGAAUUGGUUAAGGAGUUUAAGUGGCAGACUUUGGUGCUUUUUAAAUGUUGUCUGCUGCAACCGAAGGUAACUUCCCCUCGUCUGGUGAGUUUGAUGGAUAUUGACUUGAGGUAUAGAUGUUAUUCUUUGGUACGCGAUGCGAGAGAUUAUGCAUGAUGCAGUUCUCACUUAUAUCUCUAAUACCAGGCCUGAUACGGAAUUUACAAGAUUGUGCCGAUCCGGAAUUGGAUGAUUAUAGGAAAAAUCUUGUGAAACCGACGAGUCUGAAAACGAGCGAUAGGACUUCGUUGUUGAAUUAUAUGGGAUUACCUUUGCAAAUAUUUGGCAAGGUAUAGACCUCUACAGUCCUAUGUAUAGCUGAUUUACUAAUUGGAUAUAUAGGGAAGUCUUUUUGGUCCUUAUACCCCUUUACAGCAACUUGAUAUAUUAGCGGAUUACGGCACAAAAUCAUAUAUCGUUGGUUCAACGAAUUCUUUACUUUUACAACAGAGAGAUCGAUAUAGCGAUAUUCUCAUUAAUUUAGAUGAACUCACAAUUAAUAUCACAUCGGCAUCACUGAGGUCAGCAUUAGCACUCUCGGCGGCCGAUCGACGCUGGAUUGAUUUCAUUACCCAAACCGUCAAUGACACUUGGGAUGAAUCAAAUCCAAGUCGACCUAAAACUAUGGGCUACGUCGGCUCUGAAGAAUUCAUUCGCAUGCAAUUUGAGGAAUACCUCCUUUCCCUAAUCUCCUCUGUCAAAUGUCACAACUACCUUACCGUCAACGCUAACAACCCAAGAGCUCAACUUCCACAAGUUGAUGGAGAUCCUGCUUAUGAUUUCAACAUGGAUUGGAUAGAAGCAUGGACACGAAGCGAAAAUUAUGAAAUUUGGAAUAACCAUACUGAUUCACAUCUUUUCGACAUCGUGGAGCCUAAACAUCCUUGUGCAGGUGGUCUUACGAUAGAUGAUGUUCAAAGACGCAUUGCUGAACAAGUUAAGGAAAUGCAUCUUGAUGAAAGAUUUGCGGUAGGUAAGGAAGUUUUGGGAAGGAAUCUUGCUGCUGGAAAAGAAAAGGCUAGUACGGUCUUCAAUAAAUUGUACGCCGACAUGGAAUCUUAUCGAGAGAGUCAGAGGAAGAAAAACGAGGAGGCUAGGAUUGCAGCUGAGAAAGCGGCGACUGCAAGUGGUGCAUCGAGUCCAGUGGCCAGUGACUUUAAUGGACCAAAGUCACCUUCGGUGCAAAGUAGAGCAGGGGCUUACAUAGGAAGCUGGGGUACGUGGAUGGGAGAAAAGAGAAAGGCGGGUUGGGGGAGGAGUUCGGGUAGUCAGGAUAAGAUACAGCAGAUUACGAGUAAUGGUAAGAGGAACUCGAGGGGGUUCUUUGGAAAGGAAAAUAUUCAUGUAGUGGAGGGGGGAAGUGGUGGAGAGAGGAGCCCACUCAGUCCAAGGGAUUCACAGGGUGGAUAUUCACCGUUGGGUGAGAGACCGAGGACAGCGGAGAGUUUUAAGGAGAGCAUUUUUGAUGCGGAGUUGGAGGCGAAUGGAGCUGGGGAAGGAGAUGUGGAUGGAUAUCGAAAGGUGGAUGUAGUGGAGAAGAUUAGUGAUGCGCCUCCGAGAGUUGAAAUUCCGGGAUAUUUCUCGAGGUUUCAUGAGGAUAUGGGAGGUGAAGGGAGGAAAGAUCACGAUGAUGAUAGCGAUAGUGGUGAGGAGGAAAGGAAAUCGAUCUUGCCUGUAUCGAGCGAAUCAAAUGUUUGGGGCGAUGAAAGAAAUGGGGAUGCAGAUAAGGAUAAGCAUGAGAGGGCGGAAAGAGUAGCAGAGGCAAUGCAGGAGGCGGUGGAUUCUUCGAUUCAUUCGUAGGUUUGUUUGGGGUAAUGGGAUAGAGUGGUAGGGUGGUAUUCUUUUGACUUGGUCAUGGUUUGUUUUGGAUUGAUUGGUUGGUUGGUUGGUUGGUUGAUUGGUUGGUUGGUUGGUUGAUUGAUUGGUUGAAUGAAUGAAAGAAUACUGAGUUUUGGUGUUGAUGCUUUAGGUAGAGAAUGAGAUUUGGUUUGGUACGUGUGGAGAGGAAUUGGAGAGGGGUUGGGGGAUGGGAUAGGAAUGCAUGGGAGUAAGAUGGAUGGAUGGAAAAUCACGGUACCUGGAGGUGGAGGGGAAUAUAUCACUUAUGCAUUACAUUACAAUACGAUAAGAUACACGUAUACAAAUACAUUGAAUGGAAUAUAUUUAA